AGCAGCUAGCACUGAAAGACGAAGAAGUCCAGCACGGAGGUGGGAGGAAUCGCCAUGAAUCAGCUUCGAUGAAUACCUCAACAUGAAUGAAAUUAACAUGAAGAUUGUGCUCAUGGCGUUGACCUGCAUUUUGGUUAUGCAUGGACCGAGAGCUGACAGCCCUGACGUUGCAGAACUCAUCGUCAAGCUUUGCUCACUGAACCACCAAGUGAGACUAGAUGCAGUGACUUGCAUUGGAACGGCAACUGACUCGAAGUUCCCCAAUAACUUGGCCAAAUGUGCUCGGGACACCUUGGGACGGGAGCACCCGCUUCAAGACUUCGGUCUGACCACAAUGUGCAGUGAGGUCAGCAUGAAAAAGGCGGAUGCAGUAAAGGCAGCAGUUCCUCAAGCAGCGAGAACGGUGCUAAAUUGUGCCCUGUCCUACUCCCGCGUCAAGACCUCACAAAUCAAGCGAUUGGUCAAGGCAUGUGUCGACUCAACAGACAAGGUGUCCACGUAACACAUCAACGAUCACGUGCCAUCUCCACGAAGCCUCACAAUGCAUCUCUCUCCAGAGCUGAGUUUCCAAAAAAAAGAAAAAACGAAAUCACCGUUGAUACAAGGGCACCAUCUUUGUCGGCAACAGGAAGACGUUCUUCGCGAAAGUUGAAAUGCCGCGCAGAUCGUAUACGCGCUUGGAAUUUGUGCACUUCAAAUUCUCUCUGCAGCCUGUAUACACUUAACUGUACAGUAUGUGCGCUUCGUCUGCGUGAGGAACAUUCUCUUCCGGCGCAAAUGAAAGCUGCGUGAUGUAGCGACGUGACUUGGCGUAACCAAGUCACUGGCGAAGUAGCGUUCAAUAUUGCCCAGUAUGCAAUUUAUAAUAGUUGCCAUAAAAAAUAUAUAUAGA